AGGGGCGUAAGCAUAUAGAGAUGCAUGUAACUAAUCAACAGUGUGAACAUAUUAGCUUAAGUCGGCAUCUCUAAUCUUCUUUUAUUUUUUUUAUUAUAUAUAAAAAAAAUUGUUUUGAUUUCUACUUUAUGCAUGUGCUCAAAGAGAAAAAACAAAUCAUAUGAGCUAAAUAAAAAUUAUUUUUUUUCUUUUUGUUUGUCAGUUUCAAAAUCGGUGAACAGGGUAUUUAUAAUUAACAAAAAAUUAACAUCUGGUUUUUUUUUUGUAUUUAAUUUUGUGUAUAUGUGCUUUUUAAAGGUGGCGAAUUCAAGAAAAUCAAGUGAAUUUGUUAGAUUUACAGAUACAGAUGAUACACAAACCACCGCCGUGACUGCGAUCGGCGGCGGUGUUGAAGGCGGUGGUCAGUUUGAUUAUUCGAUGUAUUCAGGGUAUUGUGAUUCUCAGGCGAGAGAUAUGUCGGAGAUGGUGACGGAGUUUACACGUGUGGUAUCGGGUCAGGAUUAUCGACCCGAUACCAGAUGUUAUUCGGUUAAUUCACCGUCUCCGGCUUAUUCUUCGUCCAGCUCGGGUUCUAGAGCUGGACUGAAGAGAAGCCGUGAUCAACAAGAAUUUGGAACUGGGUUGUCAUCUUCUUCCUCUGUUAAAAUUGAAGCUACAAGUAUGGUUGCACCAAUUCCCGCUUUCACAACCACAAUCACAACCACGACCACAACAGGUGAGGGUUCGAGCGAAGAAACAGGAGGAGAUAGGAGGAGGAAAUACAGAGGUGUACGACAACGACCAUGGGGUAAAUGGGCAGCGGAAAUAAGAGAUCCACAUAAAGCCGCCAGAGUUUGGUUAGGAACAUUCGAUACAGCAGAAGCUGCAGCAAGAGCAUAUGAUGAAGCUGCAUUGAGAUUUCGAGGAAACAGAGCAAAACUCAACUUCCCUGAGAACGCCAGAUUGUCAUCGUUACCACAAACACAAAAUACUGUAACGUCAACAAUCUCCAAUCCAUCCCCUCUAAUAGCUCAACCAACGUCGUUCCUCAAUCCUAUCCAGAGUUCAGAUACAACAAGAGACUACUGGGAAUACUCACAAUUGUUGCAAAAUCCAGGAGAUUUUACGGAUCAACAACCAUCAAACUUAUUGGAACAAAUGUUCGUUGCCUCAUCGAUGGCAAUGUUGCAUUCAAACACAUUGCCAUUAAUAUCUUCGUCUUCAUCGUUAGCUACAUCAGCAACUUCUUCAACGUCAUAUCCCCUGUUAUUUUCGAGUUAUUACACACCACAAACUAAUCAAAUUCAAGGAACCAACACAAGUAGCACCAGCACCACUAGCAGCUCAAGUUUUUCUACAACAUUUUGGAGUAGCUCUAGCCAAUAUCCUCCAUCUUCUAGUUAAAUUCUCAAAAUUUUCUUGCUUUUUUUGGGGUAAUAUUUUCACUAAUUAGGGAGAAAAUUAGGGGUUAUAUCUAUUGUUUAGUAGUUGUCAUUAUUUUUGAAUAGGUAAGAAAUUUAUACUCUUUA